AUGGCCAUAACUGCCCACUUCAUUGAUGAGCGAUUUAUCUUGCAAAGUUUCAAUUUACAAACACAACAUUUUCCAGAAAAGCACAGUGCUACAAACAUAAAACAAGAGUUGCUUGUAUGUUUUCAAGAUUAUAAUGUAGAGGACAAAAUCGUGUCAAUCACUACAGAUAAUGGGGCAAAUGUUGUAGCAGACGUUCAACAAGGUAGAUGGCAACAUUAUGGCUGUUAUGCACACACCAUAAACUUGAUAGUUAAGGACAGUUUACAGGAGUAUGAAACCAAAGCAAAUACAAGAAUACUUGAGAAAUGCAGGGCAGUAGUACAUUUAUUUAAAGCAAGCACCACCUAUAGCAGCUAUCUUAAACAAGCUCAGCAAAGUAAAGGAAUGAUUCCCAAAACUCUGAAAAAACAAGUACCACCUAGGUGGAACUCAACUUUCAUCAUGUUAGAAAGUAUUUACAAAUUGAAAGAUGUGUUACCACAAGCAUAUUUGUUGAAAUUAUCCAAUAUUGAUGAAGAUGGUACUAAACUAAAGUUUAUCUUACAAAAGAAUGUGGAGAAGCGUAUAGGGAAGUUUGACUAUAAUCAUAAUUUCCAGUUAGCAUCAUAUUUAGACCCACGCUUUAAACAUAUCUGCAUCCCUGAUACAGAACUGUUGUCAUUAAAACAACGAAUUGUUUCGGGGCUAAAGCAGCAGGAACCAGAAGAAAUUCCAGACAUUGAACUAACUUCAGUUGAACCAACGGCAUCCUGUUCUACUGCUUCAACAAUUACACUUUAUUCUGCUGACCCUGAUGUUGAAAGUUGUUGUACGGAUAGCAAAGUACAAGAACAAAAAAGUAAAUUUGUCUGCGAGGAUAUAAAUAUUAAUAUUGAAAUAAAACGAUACGAGGAUUUGCCUGUUAUUGGCAGAUAUGAGGAUCCAUUGAAGUGGUGGAGUACUGAAGGACUUAAAUUUCCCAAAUUGAAAGAAGCAGCUAUGAAACACCUUGCACGCCCUGCUACAUCUGUUCCUAGUGAACGCGUAUUUUCCAAGUCUGGGCAGAUUUUAUCAAACAAACGUUCUACAAAGUGUAUGUGCCUGUGUAUUAAAUACUCUAGUAAGAAAAAAACCGAAAUUACAAUGGAGUAUUUGGGAAUUGUGGAAUUAGCAGACUGUGAUGCUAUUUCUCUUCAUCGAAAGCUAAAAAACUUUUUGGAGGAAGUGGGCCUGCCAUUUAACAAUCUCAUAAGAUUAGGAGUUGACAGAGCGAGCAAUUGA